UGGGGAGUUUCAUCUUCAGCUUACCAGAUUGAAGGAGGCUGGAAUGCUGAUGGAAAGGGGCCCAGUGUCUGGGAUACAUUCACUCAGACACCUGGCAAUACUCCUACUGGAGAUGUAGCCUGUGACAGCUACAACAGACUUGAUGAAGACAUCUACAUGCUGAGAGCUCUGAGGGUGAAGUCAUACAGAUUCUCUUUGUCCUGGUCCAGGAUCUUUCCUGAUGGUACUCCUUCCUCCCUGAACCAGAAAGGUGUUGACUAUUACAAUAGACUCAUUAAUAGCCUGAUAGCAAAUAAAAUCACUCCCAUGGUGACACUUUACCAUUGGGACCUCCCUCAAGCUUUGCAAAACCUCGGUGGCUGGGAAAAUGAAACCAUGAUUGACAUUUUUAAUGACUAUUGUGACUUCUGCUUUGCCACCUUUGGUGACAGAGUGAAAUUGUGGAUGACCAUCAACCAGCCUCACUCAAUUGCAUGGUUAGGAUAUGGGCUUGGACAGAUCCCUCCAAAUGUUAAGAAUCCAGGAACUGCACCAUACUUAGUUGCACACAACCUGAUCAGAGCUCAUGCCAAGGCUUACCAUACAUAUGAUGACAAGUAUCGUACAUCCCAAGGCGGUCUUGUAUCUAUUGCCCUCAAUGCUGACUGGGUUGAACCUAAAGAUGUCAAUGUUCUCCGUGAAGUGGUGGCUGCUGACCGCGCACUGCAGUUCCAACUGGGCUGGUUUGCACACCCCAUUUUCAAGAAUGGUGACUAUCCUGAUGCAAUGAAGUGGCAAGUUGGAAACAAAAGUGAUCUCCAAGAUCUUUCAGAAUCAAGACUACCUUCCUUCACUGAAGAGGAAAAGAACUACAUCAAGGGAACUGCUGACAUGUUCUGUGUGAAUCAUUACACUACAAAGAUCGUAGGUCAUGUUACAGGUCCGCUUUCCCCUCAUUCAUAUGCAAGCGACAGGGACUUGACAGAGACAGAGGAAAGUGAUUCACCAACUACAGCCAUCCAAAACCAGAGAGCUGUGGCAUGGGGCUUGAGAAGACUCCUCAACUGGAUCAAGGAGGAGUAUGGAAAUCCACAGGUUUACAUUACUGAGAAUGGAGUGGCUACACAAUCAAGCACAACUUGGGAUGAUAGUGCCAGAAUGUUUUAUUACAAGACCUAUAUUGAUGAGGCUCUAAAAGCCUACGAACUUGAUGGCGUGAGGGUACAUGGCUAUAUUGCAACAUCGCUCAUGGAUUCUUUUGAAUGGCUACAAGCGUACAAAGUUGGAUUUGGGCUCCACCAUGUUGACUUCAGUAACCCAAACCGGCCAAGAACACCAAAGUAUUCAGCUCAUUUCUACUACCAAGUCAUAAAGGAUAAUGGUUUUCCCAUGCCAGAUGAUGAAAAGAUGCUUUACGGGCAUUUCCGAAAAGAUUUCCUUUGGAGUACCGCAACGGCAUCAUACCAGAUUGAAGGGGGCUGGAGGUCAGAUGGAAAAGGUCUCAGUAUUUGGGACAAGUUUGCUCACACACCUGUCCGAGUUUCUGAUAGUGACAAUGGAGACAUAGCCUGCGACAGCUACAAUAAAGUAGAAGAGGAUGUUGCUAUGUUAAGGCAACUUAAGGUGACCCAUUAUCGUUUCUCCAUAUCCUGGUCGAGGGUGCUUCCUGAUGGUACCACCAAUAACAUUAAUGAGGCUGGACUCAACUACUACCACAGACUAGUGGAUGCACUUCUCGCUGCAAAUAUUCAGCCCCAUAUUACUCUGUACCACUGGGACCUUCCACAAGCCCUGCAGAAAAUCGGGGGAUGGGAGAAUGAAACUAUUAUUGUCAAAUUCACAGAGUACGCUGACUUCAUCUUUAGCCGUCUUGGCCACAAAGUGAAAUUUUGGAUUACCAUUAAUGAGCCAUACAACAUAGCCAACGUAGGCCAUGGCUAUGGAGUAGCUGCCCCAGGAAUCAGUUUCCGACCAGGCACUCUGCCCUACAUUGUUGGUCACAACCUGCUUAAAGCUCAUGCUGAGGCAUGGCACCUCUACAAUGAGAAGUACCGGGCCAACCAAAAAGGCAUUAUCUCUAUUACCAUCAACUCCGACUGGUCAGAACCCAGAAAUCCCUAUAAGCAGGAGGAUAUUGAUGCUGCAAGACGUGUGAUACAGUUCUACAUUGGCUGGUUUGCCCAUCCUGUUUUUAAUGGAGACUACAGCGAUGUGAUGAAGACAAUCAUUCGUGAGCGAAGCCUAGCUGCUGGUCUGCCAAAAUCUCGACUGCCUGAGUUCACUCCAGAGGAAGUUAAGAGGAUUAAAGGCACCUAUGAUUAUUUUGGAUUCAACCAUUACACCACUGUCCUUGCUUUCCCUGUGGAAUACGGAGACCUUCAGCACUAUGAUGCAGACAGGGGUGCAGGGACAAUUGCUGAUCGCACCUACCUGGAUUCAGGUUCAGGCUGGCUGAAGAUCUCACCAUUCGGAUUCCGCAGAAUACUGAACUUCAUUAAGGAGGAGUAUGGAAAUCCACCAAUCAUCAUCACUGAGAAUGGCAUCUCAGAGCGAGGGCCCGUUGACCUGAACGAUACUCCGAGGAGCUACUACUAUGAAAAAUACAUCAACCAGGCGUUGAAAGCCUACUUGCUAGACGAUGUGGAUGUCCGAGGUUACACGGCUUGGUCACUGAUGGACAACCUGGAGUGGGCCACUGGCUUUUCAGAGAGAUUUGGCCUUUUUUACGUCAAUCGUUCAGACCCGAAACUUCCACGAGUGGCAAAGAACUCUGUGAACCUCUACUCCACGAUCAUAAGCUGCAACGGAUUCCCUGACCCUGCUUUAGGACCCAAUGACUGCUUGCCCGAAGGUAUGUUAACACAGACGGUGACGCCGGACGUUGACAAGCCUGUGCAGUUCCUGGGAAUGAAGCUCUCUGUCACUGAUGCUGAGACCGGACUGAACACCACGUUUGCUCUACUUAUUGUUAGGCUCUUGUUGAAACUGGAGCUGCUGAUAGAUGGAGAUGCUUUUGCUAAGUUCUGUAUGAAUCACCUAGUGCCACUAGAGGUCACUGUAGGAGAAAACUGA